UUACAAAUUAUAAUACUGUGGUAGAAACAAAUUCAGAUUCAGAUGAUGAAGACAAACUCCAUAUCGUGGAAGAAGAAAGUAUUACAGAUGCAGCAGAUUGUGAAGGUGGUGUGCCAGAAGAUGACUUGCCAACAGACCAGACAGUGUUACCGGGGGGCAGUGAAAGAGAAGGCAGCGCUAAGAGCUGCUGGGAGGAUGAUGCAGGAAAGGAAGGACAAGAAAUCCUGGGGCCUGAAGCUCAGGCAGAUGAAGCGGGAUGUGCAGUAAAAGAUGAUGAAUGUGACUCAGAUGCAGAAAAUGAACAAAACCAUGAUCCUAAUGUUGAAGAGUUCCUGCAACAACAAGACACUGCUGUCAUUUACCCCGAGGCACCUGAAGAGGACCAGAGGCAGGGCACCCCUGAAGCCAGUGGUCACGAUGACAACGGAACACCAGAUGCAUUCUCCCAGUUACUCACCUGCCCGUAUUGUGAUAGAGGCUAUAAACGCUUUACCUCUCUGAAAGAACACAUUAAGUAUCGCCAUGAAAAGAAUGAAGAUAAUUUUAGUUGCUCCCUGUGCAGUUAUACCUUUGCAUACAGAACCCAACUUGAACGUCACAUGACGUCACAUAAGUCAGGAAGAGAUCAAAGACAUGUGACACAGUCUGGGGGCAAUCGUAAAUUCAAGUGCACUGAAUGUGGAAAAGCUUUCAAAUACAAACAUCAUCUAAAAGAGCACUUAAGAAUCCACAGUGGAGAGAAGCCAUAUGAAUGCCCAAACUGCAAGAAACGUUUUUCCCAUUCUGGUUCCUAUAGCUCACACAUAAGCAGCAAGAAAUGUAUCAGCUUGAUGCCUGUGAACGGGCGACCAAGAACAGGACUCAAGACACCUCAGUGUUCCUCACCAUCUCUUUCGGCAUCACCAGGCAGUCCCACACGACCACAGAUACGGCAAAAGAUAGAGAACAAACCCCUUCAAGAGCAACUUUCUAUAAACCAAAUUAAAACUGAACCUGUGGAUUAUGAAUUCAAACCCAUAGUGGUUGCUUCAGGAAUCAACUGUUCAACCCCUUUACAGAAUGGGGUUUUUAGCGGUGGUGGCCCGUUACAGGCAACCAGUUCUCCUCAGGGUGUGGUGCAAGCUGUUGUUCUGCCAACAGUUGGUUUGGUGUCUCCCAUAAGUAUCAAUUUAAGUGAUAUUCAGAAUGUACUUAAAGUGGCAGUAGAUGGUAAUGUAAUAAGGCAAGUUUUGGAGAAUAAUCAAGCCAAUCUUGCAUCCAAAGAACAAGAAACAAUCAAUGCUUCAUCCAUACAGCAAGGCGGCCAUUCUGUUAUUUCUGCCAUCAGUCUUCCUUUGGUUGAUCAAGAUGGGACAACCAAAAUUAUCAUUAACUACAGUCUGGAGCAGCCUAGCCAACUUCAAGUUGUUCCUCAGAAUUUAAAAAAAGAAAAUCCAGUCCCCACAAACAGUUGCAAAAGUGAAAAGUUACCAGAAGAUCUUACUGUUAAAUCGGAGAAGGACAAAAGCUUUGAAGGAGGAGUGAACGAUAGCACUUGCCUUCUGUGUGACGAAUGUCCAGGAGAUAUUAAUGCACUUCCAGAAUUAAAGCACUAUGACCUAAAGCAGCCCUCUCAGCCUCCUCCGCUCCCUGCACCAGAAGCCGAGAAGCCCGAGUCCUCUGUUUCAUCGGGUGGUGAUGGCAAUUUGUCUCCCAGUCAACCACCUUUAAAGAACCUCUUGUCUCUUCUAAAAGCAUACUAUGCUUUGAACGCACAACCAAGUGCAGAAGAGCUCUCCAAAAUUGCUGAUUCAGUAAACCUACCACUGGAUGUAGUAAAAAAGUGGUUUGAAAAGAUGCAAGCUGGACAGAUUUCAGUGCAGUCUUCUGAACCGUCUUCUCCUGAACCAGGCAGAGUAAAUAUCCCCGCAAAGAGCAAUGAGCAGCCUCAAUGUACAAAUGCAAAUGAACCCCCGGACAGCACAGCAGAGCUGCAGAGCCCCCUGAAGAUGUCUGACUCCCCAGUUCUACCAGCGGGAUCACCCAUCAAUGGUUCCAGAAGUAGUCCACCCUCCCCAUCACCUCUAAACCUUUCCUCAUCCAGAAAUACACAGGGUUACUUGUACACAGCAGAAAGUGCACAAGAAGAGCCACAAAUAGAACCUCUUGAUCUUUCACUACCAAAGCAACAGGGAGAAUUAUUGGAAAGGUCAACCAUCACUAGUGUUUACCAGAACAGUGUUUAUUCUGUCCAGGAAGAACCCUUGAACUUGUCUUGCACAAAAAAGGAGCCACAGAAGGACAGUUGCGUUACAGACUCAGAACCAGUUGUAAAUGUGAUCCCACCAAGUGCCAACCCCAUAAAUAUUGCUAUACCUACGGUCACUGCCCAGUUACCCACAAUCGUGGCCAUUGCUGACCAGAACAGUGUUCCAUGCUUGCGAGCACUAGCUGCCAAUAAGCAGACUAUUCUGAUUCCCCAGGUGGCUUACACAUACUCGACUACAGUCAGCCCUGCAGUCCAGGAAGCACCCUUGAAAGUGAUCCAGCCAAAUGGGAAUCAGGAUGAAAGGCAAGACACUAGCUCAGAAGGAGUAUCAAAUGUAGAGGACCAGAAUGACUCUGAUUCCACACCACCCAAAAAGAAAAUGCGGAAGACAGAGAAUGGAAUGUACGCUUGUGAUUUGUGUGAUAAGAUAUUCCAAAAGAGUAGCUCACUAUUGAGACAUAAAUACGAACACACAGGUAAGAGACCGCAUGAGUGUGGAAUCUGUAAGAAGGCGUUUAAACACAAACACCAUUUGAUUGAACACAUGCGGUUACAUUCUGGAGAAAAGCCCUAUCAAUGUGACAAAUGUGGAAAGCGUUUCUCACACUCUGGGUCUUACUCUCAACACAUGAAUCACCGCUACUCCUACUGCAAGCGGGAGGCGGAGGAGCGCGACAGCGCGGAGCAGGAAGAGGCCGGGCCGGAAGUCCUGGCCAGCGAGCACGCCGGGGCCCGCGCAUCUCCCUCACAGGCCGACUCGGAUGAGAGAGAGAGUCUGACGAGGGAAGAGGAUGAAGACAGUGAAAAAGAGGAGGAGGAGGAGGAGGACAAAGAGAUGGAAGAACUGCAGGAAGAGAAAGAAUGUGAAAAACCACAAGGGGAGGAGGAAGAGGAGGAGGAAGAGGAGAUGGAGGAGGAGGAGGGGGAAGAGGCAGAGAAUGAGGGAGAAGAGGCAAAAACUGAAGGUCUGAUGAAGGAAGAUGACGCUGUAAAUCAAGCGAGCAGCUUAGAACAAAAAGUAAGCAAGAAUAGCGAGCAGGUGUCUGAAGAAAAAACAAAUGAAGCCUAAUAGUUUUUCUAGAAGGAAAAUACAUUCUAAUUGGUAAUGAAGUUUGUUCUAUAUUAUACAUGCUUUUCAUGGAAACACAGUAACCUGUAUACUGUGGUUUCUGUUCACUACUGUGUAAAGUAAAAAUUUAAAAAAAUACAAAAUACAAAAAAAAAAAAAAAAAAAACCCAAACACACAAAAAAAAAUCCGGGUGUGCCUGAUCUCAGACCUAGUAAUUUUUCAUGCAUUUUUCAAAGUUAGGAACAAGUUUGUAACACGAAGCAGAUUAGAAAACUUUAAUGACUCGGAAAGCAAAGAUUUAACAGGUUAAAGGAAACUGAUUAAUUAAAGAAGCAUCUGGCAUUGUUUCAUUUUGUCAGUAUUAAUUAUCACUCUUACAUUGGUUUAUUCUUAAGCUGUACAAUUGGGAGAAAUUUUAUAAUUUUUUAUUGGUAAACGUAUGCUAAAUCCGCUUCAGUAUUUUAUUAUGUUUUUUAAAAUGUGAGAACUUCUGCACUACAAAAUUCCCUUCACAGAGAAGUAUAAUGCAGUUCCAAACCGUGCUAACUACCUUUUAUAAGAUCAAUCUAGAAGGUAGUAAUUUCUAAUAUUUAGAUGUCAUAGUGGAGUAUUAUCAUUUCAAGUGUAUUGUUAGCCUUAAGAAAGCAGCCGAUAGAAGAACUGAAGUUUCUUACUCAUGUGGUUUAAAAUGGAGUUCAGGAGAUUGUCAUUGAGUUCUGAUUGCAGGGACUAACAGUGUUAAUCCUGGAAGGGUAGCAGAGUCGUCAGAAUCAGUGUUCGUAAUUGUGUUUGAGUAUGUGGUGACAAAAAUGAAGGAUAUGAUAUGAAGCUUUGUAUCUCCUUUGGCCUUAAGCAAGACCUGUGUGCUGUAAGUGCCAUUUAUCAGUAUUUUCAAGGCUCUAACCCGCCUUUGUUCAAUGUGUGGCCUACAAUAACUAGCAUUUGUUGAUUUGUUUAUUGUAUCAAAAUUCCAAAUAAAACUUAAAACCACUGACCCUGUCAGAGAGACCUAAACACUGGGACAUUUCAUCCUUUAAUUCCUCAGUAUUCAUUUUAUGUUAAUUGACUUUCAAAAUUUCUCUACAGAAAUGAAAGGGAAAUUUUCUAAUCUGCUCUGUCCAUGUACUUGCAUUUCAGACAUGGACAUGCCAUUGUUAUUUGGCUCAUAACUGUUUCCAAAUGUUAGUUAUUAUGGACCCAGUUUAUUAACAACAUUAGCUGAUUUUUACCUAUCAGUAUUAUUUUAUUUCUUUUAGUUUAUAGAUCUGUGCACCAUUUUUGUACUGUAUGUCUUCAAACCUGGCAGUAUUAAUACCCUUCUUACUGACAUGUACUUUUAGUUUUAGAAAACUUUUAUAUUUAUGUGUCUUAUUUUUAUAUUUCUUUAUUUAUUACACAGUGUAGUGUAUAAUACUGUAGUUUGUAUUAAUACAAUAAUAUAUUUUAGUAUGAAAAUUUGGAAAGUUGAUAAGAUUUAAAGUAGAGAUGCAAUUGGUUCUCUUGCAUUGAGAUUUGAUUUAACAGUGUUAUGUUAACAUUUAUACUUGCCUUGGACUGUAGAACAGAAUUUAAAUGGGAAUGUAUUAGUUUUACAACUACAAUCAAGUCAUUUUACCUUUACCCAGUUUUUAAUAUAAAACUCUUAAAUUUUGAAAUUCACUGUGUGACUAAUAGCAUGAUGCUCUGCAGUUUUAUUAAGAGAUUAGCCUAACCAUAAACCUCUCAUUUCCUUAGUAAGCCAAAUUAGGAUAACCUUAUAUAAACAGUGUUGGGAACAAUGUUUAACAUUUUGUGCCAAUUUGUUCCUGUAUUCAUGUAUGUAAGUUACAAAUCUGAUUCUUCAUUUUUAAGUUCCUUGUUACACCAUGGUCAUUUUCUAGUUUUUUACCAGACUCGCCCAUCUCACAAUAAAAUGCAUCAACAAGCCUGA